AUGACGUGUCAACUACCAAAUUCCCUUCUCCCCACAAGAUCGGAAGCGGUUUGUUUCUGGCUUCAGCAAGUGGUCGAUAUGAACGGCCGUAAGCCCCCUCUCCACCGCUGCCGCCGCCAUCCAACUCGCCGCCGGCGGAUUGUGUCAAUGAGAGCGGAGGUCAAGGAGAUAACACGGAGAUCAGGAAGAGCGAGGAGUCUCGCUGCGCCACCCUCUACAUUUUCUUCAACUUCUUCCAAACCCGUUGCCGGUGAAAUUCCCGGAAUGGCGGCUGUAUCUAGGGAUUGGGAGCUACUGCAGCAAUUAACCCCUCAAAUCCCCUCGACUCCAAGAAGCUCCGUCUUCUUUCCUCUCGCCGAGAUCCUUCUCAGGAUAGGGACCAAUGCUGCAUCAUCAUCAUGUGCAUCUAAACCUGGGUGUGCUUCUUCUUAGGAAACUUUGGUGCUAGAAAAUGAACAUGAGGUUGACUAAUUUCCGCCACCAGUAAUAACUUGCAUGAACUUCUGCUUUUUGAGCCGCUAUGAGAAGGGUCAGGAGAAGAAAUGGAUAGGGAUAAUCGGGGUUGUAUCAUGGGUGAAGAUGUGGGUCACUAUGGAGGUUCUUACAAGGUAACCGAAGGGUUUGAAUCUUACUUCCAGUCCAUCCCUGGAAUCUAGAUGAUCGCAUGCUGGAUUCCUGGCAAUGCAAAAGGGCUUGAUGCAAGCUGCUAUGCGAUGUGAGAACCCGGUGAUCCUUUUUGAGCACGUGCUGCUUUACCACCUAAAGGAAAGAAUCCCAGACGAAGAGUACAUCUGUGAUCUGGAGGAAGCUGAGAUGGUUAGGCCAGGGGAACAUAUCACCAUCUUGACCUACUCUCUAAUGAGAUAUCAUCUUAUGCAGGUUGCCAAGACUUUGGUGAACAAGGGAUACGACCCUGAAGUGAUUGAUAUCGGUCCUUGGAACCUUUCAAUCUUCACACGAUCGGAAACUCAGUGAAGAAGACGCAUCAGGCGCUGCUAGUGUAGGACUGCACGAGGACGAAAGGGAUUGCUGCUAGCUUGACCGCGGCCAUCAAUGAGAAGUUCAUUGACUAUUUGGGUGCCCCAAUUAUGUAUUUGUCAUCACAGGGUGUGCCGACACCUUACGCUGGGUCAUUGGAGGAAUACACUACUGCGCAGCCUGCCCAGAUUGCAACGGCAGUUGAGCAGUUGUGUUGGUAAAAUUGGCCCGUAGCCAUUAGAGCAGCCUGCAGCCGUUGUUGAGGUAGAGUUCUCAUGCCGCCUUUCUACUUUAUGUAUUUUGUUUUGGUAUAGUUUCUUGAACAGCUUGCUCAUUGAAUAUUCAGCAAACAAGUUUGACUUGAAGAGAUGUUUGUCAGUUAACUGUUGUGUGUGCAUCAGGAAAGCAUACAUCAUUGGUUUCACUAAACAGUAACAAUUUUCUGAGUAAUGGUUGUUUAUAUUCCGUAAAUGAUACAUAUGGAUGAACCAACAACAUUCCCCUAACACAAAUUAAGUUU